GCAACACCGGCAUAAACUGUCAAUAUUUCAAAAAUGCGCAGCUUGUUUUUGUAGGUUAGAGCGGAUUUACUGAAUAUAAAGUUGUUUAAAAUCUAAGUUUCUCAUGUAAUUAGAACAAUCAGAACUAUGGAGUCUUUGCGUAGAGGCUUUAUCCUGAUGUGUAUUACGUAUUUGUGUUUAAAAACCAGUGAAAGUGCCAAGAUAAACACUCCGAGGGUGCUUCUGCCUUGGUUUGAAAACUUGACUGUGAAUUUCACGUUUGAAAUAAUAGAAGGUGGAUGUUAUACUUGGAGUUUGUCUCGCGAUGACAUCAUCGAUUUGGAGCCUAUUUACGACGACUCCUGGGGGCAUUGUUCCCGUGCCGCGAAAGUUUCCGUGUCCAAAUCAUGCAAGCCACCCGGGUCCGUGAUUAUCCUUGCGGAAGAGAUCAACAGCGGCGAGAUAUUACGAGGAGAUGUAGACAUAGACGUGGUCAGCUCACUUAAAGUGAUAAGUACAACAUGGAAACUGUACUUGGAAGAGGCACCAGAGGCCUUUGAGGUGGUUGCUUAUGAUGACCAAGGUAACACAUUCUCAACCUUGGAAGGAGUGAGUUUCACAUGGACUAUAGAGAACCUUGACAGUAACAUCGGAAAAGAUCCCCUAGUCACUUUAGUCCGCUGGCGGGACACAGACUAUGAAGCGCCCCGCAGCAUAGCCGAGCUGGAGAGCCUCGGGGUUCGCUCGUACUCUGUGCUGCUCUACGGCCAGGCCAUGGGCGAUGUGCGCGUCACCGUCUGUCUGAAGGACAUCUGUACUGAUUUCAAGCUCAAUGUGGUCGCUAGUGUGGUCCUCACGCCCGCUAUAGCUACUAUAGCACCUGGAGACACGCUAAGAUAUAGAGUGGUCCGCGCUCGCGCCGGCCGCCUCACAGUCCAAGAUGUCGCCGAAACUCUCUACCACUUGACCGUCCCGACCUCCGACAUUGCCCGCCUAGAAGACGCUAUAAGCCUCGUACGAGGCACCCAAAUUGGCACAACGAAUGUCCACCUCUUGUCAGGAGCUACUGAAGUCGCUACAGCUAUAUUAAACGUCGCUGAACCACACAGUAUUAAAGUGUCUAUACGACCGGCGAACUUAGUUAUACAAUCAGAGAUGUUCAUCAUACAUUGCAUAGUAUAUGAUGAGGACGGUCACGCGUUGACUGCGGGUGAUGAAAUGCUGAUAAGGUUGACGGUCGAGGGUGACGCGAAUGUGGACUUGGUCAGGUCGACGGAAAAUGGGACGGUUACUGAUGCUGUGGCGAAUAAUGCGGGGCAGUUCACGGUUACUGCGAAGCUGUAUUCUAUUGCUGGGAGAAGUGUUUCUCGAAGAGUGGAAGGCAAAGCAUCGGCAAUAGCCAUAGAGCCAUUGGCAGUGGUACCUCCAGAACUUUACGUGGCGUGGACUGACACUACUCAAGAAAUUCAGCUUCGUCAUCGUGGAGGCGGCGACGAACCGGUUCAAUGGUCUGACGUAGAAACCGCGGAGUCUCAUGCUAUCUCACUCUCUCCUGGAGGCUUGCUAGCUGUGCGAGGCACUAGUGAGAUAGACGUGCGAGUGCAACUGAAAGACUACCCUUAUGUACGGGCUUUUGGCAAAGUUUUAGUUGCCCCGCCGGAGUUGAUCCAAGUAUCAAGUUCUGGUCAGGCUCGCGUCGGCAAGCCACAUCAUUUGCACAUCGCCUUGACUGCUACGCACCCUACUACUGGCGAAUACUACAACUUUCAUACAUGCAACUGUGCGUCUUUCGCGGUAUCACUGCUCGAAGGCCCAGAGCCCCACAACGUCACUGCAGCCCCUUGGGUAGAGCCAGUUGACGGCGCGUGCUGUGUGAUUGAAUGCGCAUGGGCGACCCGCGGUGUGUCGCUACUGCGCGUUUCUCGCGGACGCGCGGGCGCCACGGCGCGCGUGCUGGUCCGCGCAGCUCCGAGAGUCGUGUGGCCAGCGCGUGCUGCCGCGCUUGUCGGCUCCACUCUGCCUGUAUUAGCCGAAGGAGAGGCCUUACUGCCCGAGUCGAAUGACCCUCGCAUUACGGAACUAACUACACGUGACGGGCCGCCACCGCACCGCCAUCCAGAUUUGCAACUCUUCACUUUGUCCUGUCGUAGGAAAGGCGACACCCGCCUAUCAUUGAUAUCGGGUGCAGAAGAACGCGAGUCUGCAGAGUUCGAUUCUGCGUGCGCGCAGCAUGUAUCACGCAUCAGAUUAGAACCGGCUGAUGCUAACAACUGCUCCGGGGGACCUAAAAUAUGGCUACGUCCCGGCCACGAAGUGACAGUCAAGGUCACCCUACUCGACGCUCUAGGCAGAGAGUUGCUCGACGAGCUGGGCCCGCGCGUGUCGUGGGAGACCGAGCCUCACCACCCGGGCAUAGAGUUCAGAGCCGUCGACAGGCUGUUUAUCGAGCACCAUCCUGAGUAUGUGCCGGUGCCAGUGCCAUAUAGGUAUUAUCAGCUAGUGAUAGCAGACGAGCAGGCCAUUGGUUGGAGCGGGACCUUGAAAGCAAGCAUUCCUGAAGCGACCGCUAGUAUUCAAGCGAGGGUCGUGGCGCCACUCAAAUGUGACCCACAGAGGAUAAGCGUAGCCUGGGAAGGCGAGACCGUGUCAAACAUAGCGACCGUCUCUGGCGGCAGCGGAAAAUACGCUGUAGAAACACCUAAAGGCUCCAGUGGCUCAGUCGACGGCGGCAAACUAGCGGCGGUCGUCCCAGGGCCAGGCAGUUAUGACUUGCUUGUUGUGGACCAGUGUGUGGCUGGAGAUAAACAACUUGUUGAGGUCCAAAUUGAGGAAGUGUUAACAGUUGAAGUAUCAACCUCUCGUGCCGUCUGCGUCGGUGCUUGCGUACCUGUGUCCGCCAUAUUGCGCGGCGCCUCACGCACAAGACUACUAGCAUCGCGGUCUGUGGAGUGGAGACAUGACUCUCACUUUACUAUCAAGGAUGGGCAACUGUGUGGAUUGAGGGAAGGUGCGGGGAAGCUUCGAGCAACCUUUGGAGGAGUGUCUAGUGCCGAUCAUGAGGUGUUGGUGUUCCCGCCGCUGAGCGUCGUGCCGCCUCUAGCCAGACUCCCGCCGAGCGGCAGGCUGCAGCUGCGCCACGCGGGCGGCCCGCCGCCGCACCUCGCCGCUCUGCACUACAAGCUGCACGAGAACUCCAGGGCUGUCGAGGUCAGCCAGUCCGGGUUAGUGCACGGACUUUCGACGGGCACGGCACGAAUCCGUCUCGUGGCACUUGAUAUCUCUGAUGUGGAAAUGGCCAGCGCCGAAGCUGAAAUAGAGGUGAUCCCUAUAACUGGUAUUCGAGUACGCGCCGCGACACAAACCCUCCUGGUGGGGUCACCGGCGCCGCUGUGGCUAGAAGCGGCCAGUUUAGGCGCCGCCGCCCUGGCCGCGCUGCAGCCCUCGCCGCGGGUCGCCUGGGCGCUGCGAGACCCUGCUGUCGCCAGGCUGCACACUACACAUGUUGAUGAUAAAUUGGAGAGAAGCGUGGCUGAAGGCUUAUCAGUGCGAGUGAUUCCUCUCAAGCCAGGCGUCAUUACCAUGGAUGUGCGAGUACGGAAUUUGGGACAGUCAUCAGAAACUCGUUCCUGGGACAGCACCGUGGAAAUUCUCGCCGUGGCCGACAUCGCUGUCUCUGUCCACGGCCUUCCAAAGACCCUGGAUGCGGGAGACCGUCUGGCCUUGGCCGUUGGCUCCACCAUCCGUCUCAAGUCCCUACCAAGGAGCGCCUGGCAGGCUUUUGGAGAUGGUGCGUUCGAAGUCUCCUCAAAUGGAGAGUUAAAGGCACACAGCGUGGGAUAUGGCGUCAUAGUGGCUCAGCAUAAGGACGAGAGGAAUAACAUUUAUAGAGAAACUACUGUACACGUAGAAGUGUCGACGCCCGUAUACUGCACGGCAGAGCCGAGUGACGCCAACGAAGAUGGAGCGUUGCGAGUGGUUCUCCGUAGCUCUUUGGGUCGUGAACUUCUCGCCCCUGCCGCUAAUGUCAGCGCAGGGCCUCUUACGACGCAUGUGCGGAAAGUUGACAGUGCCCAAGGACCGGAGCUGCUGAUCUCUGGCUUGGAUUCCAUUGGAUCAUUUAUGACCUUCCAAGGCACAGCGGGAGGGGUGACAGUCAAAGACGAGGUGUGGGUCACCGGCUCUGACUCUCAGACUGACAGGAUUUUUGUGACUGGCGCAUGGCCAGUUUGCCUCGAAGGCGUAGGCUGGGCAGCGCCCCCCGGCGUCAACAUAUAUGCCGGCAGCGGCGCGUCUUUAGCCGUGCUCACGCGGCUGGACGCCGCCAGGCACGCGCUCAAGAGGGACCGACCGGCAGCCACCAAGACUUUAGUACAACUACCUUUGGACAAGAUGGAAUUCCUGCAAGGCGAAUGGCCAUCGACCAUGGUCCCUCUCUCGAUCGAAGCAGCGGGACUAACCUCUGGACCAGUACUAUGCUCAGAGGAACAGAAAUAUGCCCUUGAAGGCGUACCCCUGGAAUUGCCCUAUACGUGCCGCGCUAGCAAACCACAUGAAGGGAAAGCUGUCGCGGACUUGCUAAUCGGGCAAGUCGGCUGCUCCGUAAUCCCAGCGGGCCCAAUCACACAAUCAUCAGAAAUCGAGCUCUGCGCCGAGUGGGGCAUCCACAGAACAUGCACCAAAGUCCUACUAGUGCCGCCAGUGAAACUGUCGAUCAAUAAAGUGUCGCUACUCAACCCGCCGGCGAUGUUUACUGUGUAUGGAGACUCGCAGGCGCUGAAAUCGGUUAGGAUCACUCCUUCGCCGGGGUUGAAGAUUGAGCAGACUAGCUCUAAUGAUGAGAUAAGUGUAGAGGUGACCUCGGAAGCAUCGGUUUGCGGGCUUGGCUGGGUGACGGUCCUGUCUCGACUAACAGGACAGGAAUUACGCGUCGAGGUGGAGCGGUCUUGUGACGUAGCGUGCGGGACGCUGUUGGGCGCGUUGUUCACGCUCGUGCGGCCUUUCGUGCCCACGCUCUUGACGCUAGCCGCGGUUUUUGUCGCCUACAUGUACAUUCAAUACCGCUGGAACGAGAAAGCCCGCCUGCGGCUCCCACAGGCGCCAGAGUCCGUCAUCCCUCCAGAGACGCCGUCCCCGUUCCCGCGGCGCUCGUGGUCGCGCAGCCCGUACGCCGCGCCCGUCUACGGCGACGCUGAUACGGAGCCCUUCUCGCCAAACUCUACUAGGACACACUCCAGGUUCUUGUAACGUGAUAUAGCCUAGUCUGGACUGAAACAGAAGAAUUGCCACUGUAACAAGCUUAGGCUUGAGAAUCGUCGUCCUCCUAAUGGCAUCAAUUUUUCUCACGGCGCUCCUGCUCAGAGGUAUUCUACCAUGACGCCAACACAGAGUCUUUCUCACACCACUAUAUGGUCGCACACAUCCAGAUUCUUACAGUGAUGUGUGAUAUAACCUAGUCUGGACUGAAACAGAAGGAUUACAAUACCGUCGGAACGAGAAAGUUUGUCUGAAAAGGAAAUCUAGUAAGUAAUUGACGAAGCGACGGUAAUCAAUUGCAUAGAAAAUUAUACGUUACAAUAUCGGAAGAAACAGGUGGACAUGACGUAAAGCCUGACCAGAAAUCGUCACUACUUUGA